AUGGAAGAAGCUGCAGCAGCAGUAGAUGAAGGAUUAGAAUUUAAGUGGGGGAAACAGAAAGGAGUUGGUGGAAAAAAGAAAGAUGUCCGAUUCUAUGAAUCUUUCACCUUUGACGGUGAUGAAUACUGUCUUUAUGACUCUGUCUUGGUUACUGAUCCUAAUGAACCGGAAUCUGAUGAACUCUUCGUUGGCAAGAUCAUUAAAAUUUGGGAACACACUAAUAAGCGUGCGAAACAUCCAAGGCAAGUUAAGCUUCUCUGGUUCUUUAAACCUUCUGAGAUGCCGCCUGAUGUUGUUGAAAGAGUCCCGGAUUUACUUCCAAACGAACUGUUUUUGGCAUCUGGUGAAGGUCCAGGCGUCGCUAGUGUCAACCCAUUGGAAGCAAUUUGUGGAAAGUGCUCUGUCCUAUGCAUUUCAAAGGACGAAAGGAAUCCACAACCCACGGAUGAAGAAAUCAAGUCAACAGACUUUGUAUUUCGCCGAGCAUUUGAUGUUGGAAGCUGUAAGGUCUUGGAUACAAUAGAUGAUAAAAUCGCUGGAGUUGACGUUAAAUCUAUCUUUAACAGAGAGGGUAGUAAGAAAGAAGCAACUCCUGUUCAAAAAAAUCAAGCAGGCGUAAAUGGAUAUAUUUCAGAUUGUGGUUCAGUUCGGAAUACUGAAGAUAACUCUAUUGAAUCUUCUGACUGUAGAGAAAGCAGUUCUGGUCGGGAAGAAGGCCUAACAAGGUCUAACAAGGAUUCUAGUGUGCAACAAAACACUGAUGAACAUGCCUCUUGUGAAGCUUCGGGCUCUACGGAAAAUCAUUGUGAUGGCAAAGCUCAAGAAAGUGAAGUUAGGAGACAAUUUACUAAACAAAAAUCUAUGCCUGUAGAAGAAAGGUAUACUAACAGCUGUGAAGCUUCUGGCUCUAAGAAACCAUUGACUAAACAAAAAUCUAUGCCCGCGGGAGACAGAGAUAGUAAAGAGUCGAAUGGAUUGGAUGACAGGCCUCAAAAGAAACAGAAACUAGAUGGUUCUGUUACAGUAUCAAAUGGACGCAGUACAAACAUUUUGCAGCAGAACGUUAGUUCUGGUGGUAAAAGAGAUACAGAUCUUUUCAAGAGACCUAGAGACAAAGUGACUGGAGGUGAAGACGCUACCGAUGAGCCCGGUUUCGUUAAGAAGAAGCCAUAUCUUGGGGUGUCAGUUUCUGAAGGAAAAGAUGCAAAAACGGGAACUGAAAAAGUUUUAUUGAAGAAACCAAGCUUUGAUGGUAAACUAUUAAAACGCGCUGAGGAUAAGAUGGUGGAAAUUGAUUACAAAAGAAAUUAUCAAGUAACUGAAGUGAGCCGAAAGCCAGAUGCUGUAAACAGCAAAUGGUUUCGACCUCUUCCUUGGGAAGAAAGUAUGAGGGAGGCAGAAAAAGAAGAGAAACUGGUUCUCCUUCAAAACUUGGAUCCUACUUAUUCAUCUGAGGAUGUGCAGGAUAUAGUCUAUUCUGCUUUGAAUGAGCAAUGUACAGCGAGGAUGAUAGAGCGUACAUCAGUCUCUUUUUCUCAUAUUGGUGAAGCUUUGGUCAUAUUCAAUUCAAGACAAGCUGCUGUAAGAGCAAUUGAGAGACUUGAUGAGGGAUGCUUGUUGCUAUCGAAUGGGAGGCCCCUUAUUGCUGCGUUCGCUAAGGUCAAUCCUCCAGGGAAGCCGCUAUCAUUCUGCGGCCAUUUCAAACUACAGAAAUCUCAAACACAGAAAUCUCAAACACAGAAAUCUCAAAUACAGAAAUCUCAAAUGCGACGGGAGACGGUGUCUACAUCGCGUGGCUCUCAGCCGAACACCCUUGAAUUUGAAAUGGCAAUGGAGUGGCGGUUGCACCUAGCCAGAUCUGACCAUGCGCUUGAAACGGUAUCUAAGCGGCAAUUGGAGGAGAGAAAGGCACAGCGGAUUAACUUCAAGCCUAAACUCCCUUAG